AUGCCACCCAAAGGCAACGGAGUUUCGGGCCCGGUUGUACAGAACGUCCCUCCGGCAGACAUGAGCGACCAGAUCGAGAGAAUGUGUCGUCUACUGGAAGCAAGCCAGCAGCGGUCCAACGAGGCAAUCAAGACAUUAACCGAAGCCCAAGCCAGGCUCGAAGCAGAGAUUGCUGAGCUCCGCAGGUCCACUGACACAACUCGCAACACCCAAGCCCGUGAGAAUCUUGAUUCCGACAGAUCUGACGUUCUAGUCGACCGUGUCAAUUCCCCACCUCACAACAUGAACCCAGGUAACGAGCAGUCCCAAGCCAUCCCCCCAUCCUCUGGGACCGACGGGCGACAAGCCCCAACCUCUGGCGCGCAUGGGCGGGCCGAAGCAGAACCCACUGGACCCGCUCAGCCAACAACAGACGUCCGGCCUCAACGCACCAUACCUCAUGUUGCACACGAUUCUCCCUUAGAAGGUUGUGUUCCCUCGAUCUGUUUCUUGGACAGUUGGAAACAAGACAUGAUGAGGGAAAUGAUGCAGAAGUUCACAGACGGACGAUCCGCCUAUGCCACCGAACACCUGGAUCUUGUAUCAAGAACCACUGAAAAAUCGCCUUUUUUGGAAUGGAUUCUGAAUGAGCCAAAACCUCGGGACUUCGCCAUCCCUUCCCUGCCUGCAUUCAACGGAAAGGGAGACCCAUUAAACCACCUAUUUCAAUUUCAACAGAAGAUGGCGUUAGAAGCUAAUAACGAAGCCAUACAAUGCAAAGUCUUUUCCACGACUUUCUCCGGGCCGGCUCUACUAUGGUUCCGACAAUUAAAAGCCGGAUCACUCAACAGCUUUAGUGAUCUCCGGCGAUCCUUCUUACAGCAGUACAGCGCGAACCGAGAGGCUCCCAGAACAAUGGCCGAUCUCUAUCGAAUCGAACAAGGGGAGAAUGAACAUCCAAAGGCAUACUUACAGCGUUUCAUUGACCUCGUGCAUCAAAUCCACGACGUCGACCCACUCACCGCAGCAAAUCUCUUCGUCAAGAGCUUGCAGAAGAAGACUGCACUUAUCUCUGCUCCCCCAGCGAAUAACCCUCCACCACCUGUCAGGGAUGACAAGAGGAAGCGGAACCAAACGGAUCAUACGAAGGAAGGAAAAAGGCCUAGACAAGAUCGUCAUCCAUCGCGGUACCCAUCCUUCGGAUACACCGUCCCGCAAGAAGUCAUUUAUGAAGAGAAUAAAGAUAGGCCUAUCUGGCGAGAGCCCUACAAAAUUAACACUCCAUCUGACAGAAGGGAUAAAAGCAAAUACUGUCUCUUCCACAAAGAUCACGGUCAUACGAUCGCUGAAUGCCACAAUCUGAACAAUCAGAUCCAAGCCCUCAUGAGGAGUGGGCGGCUUACCCAAUACAUCAAGGAGACAGACAGACCAGGCGCCUCGCGGCAGAACACACCUUCUGCCCCCACUCCGCAGGCGUCAGACCCCGUACACACAGCCUCUGACAGCACCCUGGAGCCCCUUAAACAAGUCCCUAUGAUCCACGGAAUCGUAGAAUCCACCGAUAAUCAAGACCAUGCAGUUAAAAUCCAUAAAAGGAUGGAAGAACGAGUGAAGCGGUACAAAUCAUUAGGCCACGUGGUCAAUCUCGUCACUUCAGAAGAAAGAAGCUACACAGCCUCUGCUAUUACCUUCACUAACGAAGACCUGAAGGGCGUCCACCUGCCUCAUGACGAUCCACUCGUCAUUUCCUUACAAGUUGACCACUGCCAGCUGGGGAAAGUUCUGAUCGAUGGGGGCAGUGGGGUCGACAUCCUCUUCUGGGAAGCCUACCAGAAAAUGGGACUAGAGGAGAAUCAGAUCCGACCCUCCACCAUGCCCGUUUUGGGUUUCAACAGCCAGAGAGUCUAUCCAAAGGGCGUCGUUCGGUUAACUGUGGUAGCUGCAGAACGCACCUUGCCAGUAGACUUCCUUAUUAUAGACUCCGCCACGAGCUACAACGCCAUCAUGGGGAGGGGUUGGAUCCACCGAAUGCGGGGGGUAGUCUCCACUCUACAUCAGGUGAUGCGAUGCCAAUCGCUCAAUGGCCGAUACACCGUCGAUAUCAAAGGCUGCCAGAAGCAGGCCAAAAAGUGCUUCCUUACCUUAAAAGAAAUAAGUAGCUCUGCCUCCGCCUCCCAUGAGGACACUCCUGACAAAUAG